UCCUCCUUUAUGAGUCUUCCUGCUCUUACUACUUAUUAUCCUGCAGCCUUUUGAUCGUUGCCGCUUAUUUCCUUUACACAUCAGAGGCAACAUGGCGUCUGGAGUAAAAGUUUCUGAUGAGGUGAAGCAGAUCUUCAAUGAAAUGAAAGUAGUAAAAAACGACGCUGAUGAGAAGGAACGUAUAAGAAUUGUGCUACUUUGGAUUGAUGGCGAUAUUAAAGUGGAGAAAAUUUACAGAGAGAAAGACCUGGAAGACCUGAAUGAUGUCUUCAAGUUCGUCAAGGGUCUGAUGCGGCCUGACCAGUCCCGCUACUUCCUGUAUGACUGCCACUUUGAAACCAAGGACUCGGGUAGAAAAGAGGAACUGGUCUUUAUGAUGUGGGCUCCUGAUGAUGCACCUAUGAAAAGUAGAAUGCAGUAUGCUAGCUCAAAAAAUGCUAUGCAAAGGAGUGUGCAGGGUGUCAAGCAUUGCUUCGAGGUACAUGACAUUGAAGAUAUGGACCCGGAUAGUUUUGCAGAACGCCUUAAACAUAAAGUUCUCAAAAUGGAGGGGCACCCUUUGAGGGGUAACUAAACAAAACUGCUACCCCGCUUUUUCAUAACAAGGUACUUUUGAAGGAUCUUUAGGGGAUAAUAAGUAACAAUUCCAAAAUAAAGUGAUUGUACCCUACCAAACUGUCCAGGCCCACUGUUUUGGCUUUAAAAAUAGUUCAGUCCAGACGUAAUUUUAUUCCUUCUUUAACGUUCUUAUUGGGGCUUUUUUUUUUUUUUCAUCCCAUUGUGUCCACAUUUAUUUUUAUUAUACAGCCAUAAAGGAAUAUAAAGGAGGUGCAGGCUAUGGGCCCAUUAGGUGGGCAGUGGCCCUCCAACAAUGUGUAGGGUUCAUUUUAAUUAAGUUAUACUGUAUAUGGUGCCCUUUGCUUUAAAUAUCUUCAAAAAGGCAACCCCAUCUCAGUUAGGGUUCUCUUUAUCUUUAAAAAAAAAAAUAGUCAGUAGCAAUCUAAAACAUAAUUAGAGGCUUAUCCAAUUACAUUUAGAAAUGAUAGCUAGUUUAGGCCAACACAUAUGUCAGGACUGACAAGCUGAGCGCCAAGUUGAGCUUGCUUUCAAGCUUUUCAUAUACAUCAUUAUCCUUACGAAUUUGCUGAGGGCCAAUGGACGACGGGCCGCAGUUUGCCCCCGGGCCAUAGUUUGGACACCCCUGAUAUACAUGCUUCAGUAAGAAGAGGAGAAAGUAGCAUAAAUAUUGUAAUGCUGGGUAUUAGUUCUUGCUUAUGAGUAAUGUGUAGCUGUGGUUUUAUUGACUGAGGGAUCCACCACAGUUGGUUAUUGACUGAGCAGUAUCUACAUGCUUGGCUAAAGGGGAUAUAUGUGUACAUUUCUACAUUGUGUUUGUGAAAUUCAAAGAAGCGGCAUGUUAGCCUCCCUGAUUUAGUUGCCUUACUGGGGAACACUCAACCUCAGGUUAACUGUUGCUGCGGUGAAGUAAUAAAUCUGGGUUCUGUUGAGCUAGCAAAUGCAAA